AUGUCAGGGGCGAUCUUCGCGCCCCUGGAGGGCCCGGGCGCCCCGGACCCCGCGAGCAGCCACCCCCUCGUGUGCCCGCUGUGCCACGUGCAGUACGAGCGCCUGUGCCUGCUGGACUGCUUCCACGACUUCUGCGCCGGCUGCCUACGCGGCCGCGCCGUCGAUGGGCGUCUGGCCUACCCGCUGUGCCGACACCAGACCGAGGUGAAAGACCCCAGCGGGCUGCCCCCGGGGGACCGGCUGCUGCAGUUCCUGGUGGACAGCUCCGGGCACGGUGUGGAAGCCGUGCACUGCGCCAACUGCGACCUGGAGUGCAGCAAGCAGACCGCCGAGACCGUGUACUUCUGCAACGCGUGCGGACAGCCCCUGUGUGCGCGCUGCCGCGAUGACACGCACCGGGCGCGCAUGUUCGCGUCCCACGACAUCGUGGCCCUGGGCCAGCGGAGCCACGACGUGAUCCAGAAGUGCACGCUGCACGCCGAGCCCUACAUCCUGUUCUCCACCGACACCAAGUCGUUGCUGUGCAUCCGCUGCUUCCGGGACCUUCAGGGGGACGCCUGGGCCCACUGCGUGGACCUGGAGUCGGCCUACGUGCAGGGCUUCGAGAGGCUGGAGCAGGCGAUGCGCCACCCUGUCCAGGCCGUGAAAGCCUUGCAGACGGCCACGCGGGAGGCCAUCGCGCUGCUGCAGGCCCUGGUGCAGGAGGUGCGACACAGCGCGGAGGAGGAGGAGGCCGCCAUCCACGCGCUCUUCGGAAGCAUGCAGGACACCCUGGCCAAGAGGGAAGCGCUGUUGCUGCAGACUGUGCAGAGCCAGUACAAAGAGAAGGACAAGGCCUGCAAGGAGCAGCUCUGUCACUUGGCCACCCUGCUGCCCACACAGCAGGUUCACCCGGUCAUCUGCUCCUCCUUCCUCAGCCUUGCCAACAAGGCUGAGUUCCUGGACCUGGCCCACGAGCUGAUGGGAAGGCUGCAGGGCAUCUUCACUCGGCCACACCGCCUGAGGCCCGAGCAGAGCAGCAAGAUCGCCAGCCACCACCGCACAGAGUUCGCUCGGUGCUUAGAGCCUCUGCUGUGGCCUGGGCCCCGCCGGGCUGGGGGCGGUGCCUACACGCUGGCAGGGGGCUCGGGGCUCAAAGAGCUGCCUGGGCCUAGCUGCCCCCUCCCAGAGGAAAAGAUGUCGGGGUUGCCAGUCUCGAAGCCCACGCCGCUGGCGGAGGUCGGGGACAGGCCCUUCACAGAGCACGGCCGCCGCUACGAGGACUCGUACCGCGGCCUGCAGGGGGCGCUGCAGAGCCUGAAGGACCAGGUCCAGGAGCUGCCCCGAGACCUCACCAAGCACCACGCCCUCAUCAAGGCGGAGAUCAUGGGCGGCAUCCUGGGCCCGGCCCUGGAGCUGGACGGGCGCAUCGCCUGGGAGUACGCCUGCACCGCGGGCUUGCGAGCCGGCUUCCGGGAGAUUUGGGAGGAGUCCUACCAGCCAGCGGCUCGGGAGCAGGAGAUUUACGAAGCCCAGCUCCAGGGCCUCCUGCGGCUGAGGCGGGAGAACGCCUGUCUGACCACCAUCACCAGGCAGAUCACACCCUACGUGCGCUCCAUUGCCAAGGUGAAGGAGCGGCUGGAGCCCAGGUUUCAGGCGCCCGGGGACAAGCUGUCAGAGAAUCUCAGCCUGUACGAUGACAAGAAUGGCAAGGCGCUGGCCAAGAGUGAUCCUGGAAACACUGCAGACAAGAGGGAGAAGGCAAAGCACCGGCCGCCCGCGGCCUCCAGGAAAAGGCUGUGGCGAAGAUCAGCAGUCAUCGCAGGGCCAAGCAGAAGAGUGGGGGUGGCGAGCCCACCCGGAGAGGGUGCCUGA